UUCCGGGGCACUGACUCCUGCUUGCUGACAACGAAUAAGUCAGUUUUGAUCGUACCAUCUACUAUGCACUCUCAUUUUCACGUGUAUAUAGAGACGAGGACGUCAUGUUUAAAUAAUAGUUAACGAGUUACUUCUUCAACGUCAAGAACUUGCACAUACCACUACCAGGUAAAGUAGCAUCCUCUUGCUUCUGCGUCGUAGUCUACGAACUCUCUUACUAAGAUUGAGAUUUGGAUUUCAUCUCUGCAACUCGCGCUCCACUACCAGAAAAAAAAAUGUCGAACCCCACUGCUGUUUUCGAGACGUCCAUGGGCACGUUUGAGGCCGAAAUCUACCUGGACAAGAUGCCAGUGACGGCGUCCAAUUUCAUCGACCUCUGCAAUACCGGUUUCUACAAUGGCGUCCACUUUCAUCGCGUCAUCCCGAAUUUCAUUUAAGGCUUUUUCUUUGGGGGUCUUAGAAGUCGCAAGUAGAAAUAGUGUUGUACCAGAAUGAGAAUAAAACAAGUUUUUACAGCUUGAACAAAAGCUUCUUGUUACCGACCAAGAAUUGCUAUGUGACCACCUUCUAGUCUCUCUAAUCCACGAACCAAUUUGGUUGCCCGUACGCCAAAGACGCGAAGAAUCCGCGUAGCGGGACCGGUGGACCUCAGCCAGGCUCUAAAUUUGAAGUGAUCGGAAGUGGAAAGGUACUAGCUUUCCAUUUUUCUGCUUUGUUCUACUGAAAGAGUCUUCGAGAGAACGUUUAAGUACAACUCGUAAAGAACAUUUUAGAGCAUUCAAAAGAAGAACACUGAAACCAGUAGAACUACAUCAGACCCCUGAUAACCGUGUGACAAGAACCCUGCGUAGCUCCUUUCGUCUAUAUCUCUCGUGCUUGCCUCUCAGACCAUCACCGAGGGAAGCAACUACAUCCUUUUCACCUUCUCUCCGACAUCAUAUCUCAUCUAUUAUGGGAAUAUCGUAAGGUUUUGGAAAUUUCACUACUAUCUCCCCUUCCGCCUCAGACCAUCACCCGUGACAACCGUGAGGGCUGCAUUCCGGAUGAAUUUGCGGCGAAGAUUACAAAUGCCCCAGGCACUCUGUCAAUGGCCAACACUGGAGCGCCAAACAGUGGCGGAUCGCAGUUCUUUCUCAACGUGGCGCACAACGAUUUUCUCGACUUCUUCAGCCCAGGAGAGAGCAAGCACCCGGUUUUUGGAAAGGUACUGCUUCCAUUUCUUUGAUUUUUUGAGUCCAAUCUAUAUCGAAGAAACACAUGAUGCUUUUAGUUUUACAACUUCUCUUCGUUCUUCUGGUUGUCCUUCAUCAAAAACACAUUCUUUCAAAGACACAAGCAAGAGCCUUAUCUCUGACUUCAUCUAGGUAACACACCCUUUGAGAGACACAAGCAAAAAUCUGAUCAAAAGUCAAAACAUUCCGUCCUGUACUUCAUAUAGGUAACGAAGAACAUGGAACUGGUGACGAAAAUUUCUGGAGUCCAGACUGACGCCAACGACAAUCCAAAGCAGCCUAUUAAGAUGUUGAGCCUCAAAAUUCAAGGAAUCUAAAUCACUUUGUUGAUAGAAGGAGUCACGACGAUGUUGAACGCAUUAAUAGAAAUAACUAACGAGGACAGGAGUCACAAUUCUUCAGAUGUUGAUGAUAGGAGUCUGAAUUACUAUGUUGACCUUAACAGAAGUUACAAUUAUGGAAAUGGAAGAAUAUGAUGAUGGCCCUCAAAAUGCAUCAAGAGGGCUUUUUCAGAUACCAAUAUUGCAUUACUGGAAACGAAGAAGGUUUAGAUAUUUCUAGAGCCCUCUACUCGUCCGGCACUUGAGGCGCAGGGCUGAGGCAGGAGCCCAAUCUAAUCUAAUCUCGUCCAGUUUACUCACAGAAGCUGUUACAUACCGCAGGAUAUUAGAGCAAAAAGAUUUUUUCAACAUAUGUCAUAUCACCAGGGCUCAAUCGAAGGAGGAGGCCUUAAUAGGUAUGCCAACGCGGCGGCGGCUAAUGAAGAUCUUACCACAUAAACUUAAACAUUAUUAACAUAUUUCUUGUCCGUUGAUUAAUCACCGUCUAGUCCACUCACAUUAACAUAUUUAACAUGAUGCAUGAUUGGUAGUCGUGGCAGUGAUGGAGAAAAUAUACAAACAAGUUCGCACGCAUGAUUCCUUUGUAACAUUUGAGUGGAACAACAAAGACAUUUAGCGGAGAUGCAACCUGCUAACUGAUACUGACUGCAUCAUGAACUGGGAGCGCCAUUGCCAGUUGCAUUUUUAUUCAAUCGUGUAAAAAGACUUCGCAAGAACAAAACUUCGUAUUCUUAGAACAAGAGUUGUAUCAAGAGGCGGGUUCUUGUACCCGUACUCCUGCAGCAGCUCUGGCUCGUACUUGUUGGCCUUGGGGCCCGGAAGAUUCUUCAUGAAGUUUGCCAUAGCCGGCGGAUGUCGCACUUAGCGUUCUAGCUGGAGUGAAACCCCCUG